GUUCUGUCUGAACAGAUCACGCCAAAAGACAAGGACGAUGCCCAAGUUCUACGGGGCUGCGCGGUGGGCGCCUAAGCUCAUCCUUCUGCAGAUGCUAGCUAUGCAAUGCUCGCACUAUGUGGCGCAGGGCCUGGUUUUGGGUAUUUGCCAUGGCGCACACGUGACGCUUGACCAAUUCUUCGCCUACCACACGCAAACGGUCGUGACUGUUGAUGGACUCAAAAACUGCUUCGCUAUCGUGGCCGCCAGCUUCGUCAGGUCCGUCACACCGAAAACAAUUCAUCUGAUCUUAAGGCUCAUUUAUCUCUUCUGCAGUGCUGUGUGCCUCGCACUCUUCGUAGAGCGUGCCAAAAAGUGUCUAGACUUUGGUGUCACACUCUACUUCAUCGACUUCCUGGCUCAGUGUUUCUAUUCGGAAUUCCCGAAGAUGUGGGACUGGUGGCUAGUUCACCUCGUAGCGGCAAGUGUAACCAUCGUUCUGGGAGAGUAUCUGUGCUCUCGUCGCGAGCUGGAGGAAAUCCCAAUGGUCGAUCUCUUCACCAAGCGUCCGUCACGUAAGAACUAAUGAGGACAAGAGGAGCUCACAUUGCAUCAAUAAUCCAAUUAUUGCUUGAGUUUUGAAUUAACUGACAACAAGUAGCUAGGUUACGAUGGGGUACGGUCUCCAGCUGCGGUAUUCACACUGGGUUUUUGUAACAGGAACGUGACCAUGUCGAGUUGCAUGAGAUAGGAUUUCUCCAAUCG